CAAAUACAACGGUUUUUUGUUUUUUGCAAUUGGACCAUUUUUCAGUGAGUUACAGCGUUUCAAAGUUUAUAGCGUCUCUCCAUGGUCCGUGCCUUGCGUACUUUAGUGGCCCGCAUUCGGCUUCUCAUCACUUCUUGGUGAGACAGAUUUUGAGAUGGCUGAUUACAUUCCCAAUGAAAUUGUCGGUUAUUCAUUCUAUUAUUAAUUAUGGGGGAUUAUAGCCCAGCGGAAAUAGUCGAUAUGAUAAAAAUAGUCGUGCAAUUACAACUUGAAAGCAGCGCAAAGGGUGUAUGCCACUAGGUUUCCCGACAGGCGACACCCGACGCGCAAGACUAUGAAAUUAUUGCUUCGCCGUGCUCAACAGGGUCAUUUAAAACGUACCAGGAGAAAGACUGGCCCAAAAGAAAAUAACAUUCUGGUGACGCUGGCAGUAGUUGAACUAAACCCCAACAUCUCGACAAGGAAUAUUGAAAACGAGCAUGGUAUUCCACAAAAGACAGUAAGUCGAGUAUUGAGAUUUGUAAAAUUCCACCCCUACCACAUUGUUUUGACACAGCAGCUCCAAGCUGGAGACUUUAACCGUAGGCUUCAAUUUUGCAACUGGGCUAGAAAUCAAUAUCGGAGAGACCCUUAUUUCUUCAUGCACGUCCUGUUUACAGAUGAAGCAACAUUUACCAACCGAGGAGGACUGAACCGACACAACUGCCAUUAUUGGUCUAAUAAUAAUCCACAAUGGCAGCGGAGCGUGGAAUACCAGCACCAAUGGUCGAUUAAUGUUUGGGGUGGCAUUAUCGGGACCCAUGUAAUUGGACCUCACUUUUUCGAAGGCCAUUUAAAUAGGGAAACCUACUUGCGAUUUAUGCAAAGUGAGUUGCCAAACCUCCUCGAAGAUGUAGAUCUCUGCACUCGUCGUAGGAUGUGGUGGCAGCAAGAUGGUGCUCCUGCCCAUAGGAGUCGCUUGAUCACCAUAUACCUCAACGAAAAAUUCCAUAGAAAGUGGAUUGGAAUGGGUAGUCGAACCCAUGAGUGGCCAGCAAGAUCUCCUGAUCUCACGCCUAUGGACUUUUUCUUGUGGGGUUAUAUCAAGGAAAAGGUGUUUGCGAUACAACCAACAACUAUGACAUGAAACUGCGAAUUAAACGCGCUUUCCAAGGUAUCACUGACGGUACACUGCAAAGAGUCGAAAACAAUUUUCGAUUACGCGUGAUACAAUGUAUCGAUGAAAAUGGAGGCGUAUUUGAACACUUGCAAUAAGACUUUGCGUGAGAGGCAAAGGAACUCGCGUUAAUCAAGCACCCCGAAUCGUGAGAGGCUAGGGGACUCGCGUUAAUCAAGCACCUCGUAGGGAACAGAAACCUACUACAUCCACACCGUUGUUCCUGGGUAGCGCUAAAAGUAGGAUAGUAGAUAGAACGGGUGCACCUGUCAAGGUUAUGUGAAGGGUAACUUUUUUUUGUAAAAUGGAUCUCCCUAUUUCUCAUUAUCACGGACCAUGGAGAGACGCUAUAAACUUUGAAACGCUGUAACUCACUGAAAAAUGAUCCAAUUGCAAAAAACAAAAAACCGUUGUAUUUCUCUCA